AUGUAAAUUAAUAAACAAAGUAUAAGACACAUUAUUUACGGAUCAACAUCAUAUCCUCGUCCUAGAGCUACUCGUUUCUUAGAAUCGUAACUUACUGCUAGUUUGUUAUUACAGAAAUUACUGUACUUCAAUGCAUAUUUCUCCUUAUUAUUCUUGUAUAUCACUUUAGGUAUUAAUAUUCAGAGAGUAUAAUUUAUGGUUUAAUCACAUUUAGCUUUGGAUAGUAAAAUCUAAUUUAAUGGAUACAUUGAAUUUAGUAUUAUUGUUAAUUUGGGCUGUACUUGAAGGGUUUCGUUUAUCAAAUGGAUAUAGCGGGAAUAUUAAGGAAUAGGUAUUAACUAUUAAUAAACUUAAGUUUCCAGAAUUAUUUUCAUUUGUCCUCAUCACCAUUGUAUCUCUUGCUCUUGAAGUGAUGCAAUAUGUUAUUCCAACUUUAAAUUAUCCAAUGUAAUUAGGACUAGUAAUAAUUCUAACAGUUUUGUACUUUUGUGAAAUCAUGAUUGCUUUAUCAUCUCUAUGCACUUAAAAUAAAUCAUAAUUGGCAUUAAUGAGUUUGAGAGUUCCUAAAUCUGAAAAUGAUUAUUAAAUUAAGAAACGUAUUGAAGUAAUAUGGAUGUGUGAACAUCUAGGAUUUGAGGAUUAAAUAAGAGGAGAAAUAACGUUUAAUGGAACAAGAGUAAGAAAGGUUAACCUAUCCAAAUAAUUAUUGA